AUAUAUAUAUAUGAUUUACAUGUUUGCCACAAUAAUGUAAUGUCUUUGAAUUAGCUUUAUUUGAGGCUUUGCAGUAAAUUUAAGUGAUUUACAGUCCUAAUUUUGUAAUGAGUUAGUAAGUAAGUGAAUUAGUAAGUAAAUGAAACCAUCAUCAAGCACAAUGCAAAUGGAUUCCUGAUGUAAAGAAUAUGAUUCUUUAACCUUUAUAACCAGUUGUAUAAUGACUUAACUGAACUUUUCUGUGACUAAUAAACACUUUUGUUGGACUGCAAUUAUUGUGCAUGUGAGCUUCACAAGCUACCCAACUUCAGCAUCCUCCCACAAUGUAAAAGCCGCAGUUUGUCUCGUGGUGGCCUGCUCACUGAAAUGGUGCUACAUUCGCGGGUUUUAACCUCAAACCAGCCAAUCUUGAACAGAUGAUCACAGCUGCUUUGAAUAGGGUACUGGUGUGGCCGUCAACAGUCUCAGUUCUCAGAAACUGUUUUUUGCAUCUUACAGAGGAACUAGGUGUUAAGAUAUUUGGCCAAUAGCUCAGUCUGCACUUAUCAGAUUAGAAAACAACCCAGUAGUAGAGGUACAUAUCUGAAGCAUUGUAAACGGCAUUGUGCAGGCUUUCUUUGUGAGUUCUAACAAGGCAUAAUGACUUCAAAUUAUUCAGAAGAUUACUACAGUGAUAUUAUAGAAGAGUUGACAAACGUCAACAAAGAAAAUGCAGCUUCUGUGCAUUUACCUGCAGGAUACUGCAGGGAAGCAGGAUGUGUAUUCACAGUUAUUUUUAAUGUGAUCAUAUUCCUGCUUGGCAUCAUUGGAAAUGGUGCUGUGAUCUGGAUUACUGGUUUUAAGAUGAAGAAGUCUGUGAACACCACCUGGUACCUGAGCCUGGCUUUGUCUGACUUCAUUUUCUGCGCUACUCUCCCCGUCCUCAUUAGCUACAUAGUUACUGCCAACUGGACUUUUGGGCUCUUCAUGUGCAAGUUCAACUCUUUUGUCAUGACCCUCAACAUGUACAGCAGCAUUUUCAUCCUGGUCAUCAUUAGUGUGGAUCGCUGCAUCACUGUCAAGUUUCCAGUCUGGGCCCAAAAUCAACGCACUGCAAAGAAAGCUUCUUUAGUCGUUGUGAUGGCUUGGUUCGUGUCUGCUUUGCUUAGCAUUCCAUCUGCCAAAUUCAGGAAUACUGUAAAUCAUUCAUCAACAAUCAUAUGUUAUAGCAAUUAUGAGCAUCACCACGGAACUGUUGUGUACAUGCGCUUUACUUUUGGCUUUUUAAUUCCGUUCCUGACCAUUUCCACCGGUUACUCCAUCCUGAUCUGUAAACUUAAAGCAAACCAAAUGUCCAAAUCCACCAAGCCCUACAAGAUCAUGACAUUACUGAUUACAACUUUUUUUUUCUGUUGGUUGCCAUUUCACAUUAUAUCUAUUAUAGAGUUGAACAAAUCUAAAGAUACUCCACACGAUCCCAUCUUUCACACGGCCCAACAAUUAGCUGCAACUCUUGCCACUGCGAACAGCUUUAUAAACCCAUUCCUCUAUGCAUUCAUGGCCAAGGAUUUGAAGAAGAAAUGCUAUUCCUUCCUGUCGAAGAUUGAGAGCGCCAUUGAUGAUGAGACCCGAAGCGCUUUCCAAAGAACGUCCAUUACCAAUUCUGUGGAUAACAGACUUUCCACUGCUGUCUGAAAUUUUAAAUAACAAUUCUUGGACAAAAGAUAUUUCUCUUUAUUCUCUUCCAAGUCUGACUGGCCUAUGGAAAAGACUGAACAUUUACAAGUUUUACAAUCGUUUAUCUGUUGCAUUUUGGAGUUCAGAAAUGUAUAACUAACACAGCUGAAAGGUCAAGAACAAUUUAAUGCAAAAAGGUUCGACCAAAGUUUUGUAUAUUACAAUGUCAUUUUGCUUAACGUGUUUGAAGAAUUCUUUGAUUACUAUUAAAUCUUCACUGUUUUCAUCUUAUCUUUUGUGCAAGUGUCAUGUAUGCAGGUAGCACUCACAAGAUUACAUUACAUUGAGGACAACCACAGAAAACUGAACAUUACCAGGAUUAUAAAUACACAGGACGUAAAAAGAGAGCUGCAUUAGACAUUGGUGGCGAUAAUCAGUAACUAAGGGUAGCUGCGUUUACAACAAUGAUGUAGCUACUUAAAAUGGAAAUGUUUUUCCUUAGUUUGCAUAUUUCAUGUAUCCGAAACGAAAACAAAUGAUCCCAGUUUCUUACGGAUCUGAGAAAAUGACUAAAAACUCUUCUGCUGCCAGGUCAGUUUCGAUGUCACUUUGUAAAGAAACACUUUGUGCCUAUUGACUGAACAUGUAAUAAGCAUGAGCAUGAUGUCACCGUCUUCACAAAUUCACGUUUUUGUUGUUUACAUAGAGAAUAACUGUAUCGUUCCACUGUAAAAAAUGUUACGCUAUUUAACCCUCAUGUGGUGUUCGGGUCAAUUUGACCCGGAGAAGAUUUUCUUUUUCCUGAAAAUACUAGUUAAUGUUAUCGCUUUGGACUGAAACUUAGUGACUUUGUUCCCAAGCGGUAUAACUAUAUCUCAUUUGUUUUUUGAACAUUUUCGUAUUUUUUUGUGGGAGUUCUGUUACCUUGUUACACUUGUGGU